CGCGCUGAUUUGUACUGAGCAAGUGUCAGCCUGGGCUGGGAGUCUGUGCUAGCGCCGGCCUUCCCCUCGCUGGGGGUGGGCACUUGGGGACAUGGGGUGUAACAGCUACAUGCCGCAGGGCUCGGCUGGGGGAAUGCUAUUACUGUUACUCGCUUUUUGCCUAUUGGGUGACGCGGGUUGUGCUUUAAGCCCUCCAGCCGCAUCCCCAGCCCUCCCUACAGCUCAUCUCCCCCUGUCUCCCAGGAAGGGGAGUAACUCAAGCACUGCUGCCGGGGCGCCCUUGGCUACUGUACCCUCUGCUACAUCGCCCAACAAGCCCCGAACCCAGAGGGCCCUUGUAGUGCUUGUGCUGGUUAGCGCUGCCGUCAUUAUUUACUUUGUCAUAAGGACAAUGAGAACUAGAAGAAAAAAUAAGAAAACAAGGAAAUAUGGUGUUUUGGAUACAAACCUGGGAAACAUGGAAUUAACUCCACUGGAGCAAGAUGAUGAGGAUGAUGACACUUUAUUUGAUGCAAAUCAAUCUCGUAGGUGAAGACUUGAAACUGUCCAUUUGGCUUUUCUGUUUUGCUAAUUAAAAACUGGAUGAAGAUAAACACUAGAAAUAAGUUGCAUCAAGCUUUUGCAGUCUAUUAUCUUGCAGCAAAAUAAAAUUUUGUAGCAAUAUCCUGAAGGUGUAACUCCAAAUCUUAUAUUUAAAGAUCGUAUUUAAGAUAUUUUUUUUUUAAUACUGUGACUUACUGUGACAUAAUUUUUAUGGAUUUAUUUGUAUAUAUGUUGUAAUUUUUUCUACCACUAUUUUAAAAGAAAUGGUAAAUAUUUUAGAGGUUAUUCAAAAUAUGCCCUCUGGUCACCCCUUACUUACCAAACAUAAAAUGUUAGAAAUGUGCACUGUAAAUUAUGCAAGCAUUUAAGUAUAUUCUACAAUAAAAUAUUAGAAUAAA